AGUUCGUUAUUUGUGCUGCUGCUAGCUCAAAGUUAAUAAAAUGGAAAAUGCUUCCUUUAGCAGUGAUGAUGAAAUUGCAUGCGGGCCUCUGACUUUAAGAGAAAUCAAGAAAGAACUAGCCAGGUCACCCAGAAAAAUUAAAUGCAGAGAAACCGACUCGGGGAUUUAUUACACAUUUGCUUCAAGUAUUUUAGUCAAUCAAGUGCAGCAAAAUGACGAAAAGAGCGUCCAUUCUGAAAACUCUGAAUAUUACACACCUGAACAAAGCACGAAUAAAGUUGAAGCGUUUCUAGAGCAGGUUUCUAAAGUCAUUGAUAGUGAAAACACUGAUGAAUGUACGAAUUGCACCUACACUACAACUGUUGAUACAGUCAAACGUGAUACACUUGGAGAGAUAUUGAGACAUAAUCGAGAACAGCCCGAUUUGAACGACUUUUGCGAGAGUUUGGUGGAAAAUUCAGCUUUACUGUCGCCAGAUCCAGACGAUAUUUUUUCUGUGGACUCAGAUGAUUCCAUUCAGGAAAUCCAAAAUGAAGAAAGUUGUGCGGAAAAUCGUGAAAAUUCGAUAAGCAGUGAUUCCUUAAUUGAAGAAAUCUCAGAUAAAUGGAGUUAUGCAAAAAGUGAUAGUAACGAUGUUAUUGUGAUCAGUGAUGAAAGUGUUAAUGAUUCUGUAAGUGACGUAUUUGUAGAAGAACCCAUUUUCGUAAAAACUGAACAAAAACAAACUGAGGCCGUAAUAAGAGAAGCAUUAACAUCAUGUAAUUUAGAAGAAAAAGAACAGUCUUUGCAAGAAUCGUUUAAUUCUGAUCAAGUGAAUUCUUUCCAUGAGAGUGAAGAAAGCGAAGAAAAACCUACUUCAAGUGAGAGUGGCCAAAAUGAUUCCCUUGAAUUCAAUGACACACUUGAGGAGAUGGAAAUGGCUCUGAAGCACGGCCUUGGCUAUGUUUUCCCAGGAGAUCUAACUUCUCAAAAUUCCACACCCUUUACCACCCCUUCUCAUGAAACAAACCCAAAAUCCAACUUACCAUCCUCAAAGAAGAAACUCUUCCAACCUACCAAGUUUUCCCACAUUCAGAGUCCAGUAGCAGACUACAUUAAAAAGAACAAUGAUCCCUUCAAAAUGCCUCUGAAUCCAGUUAAGAGCAGAACUCCUCAAAAUUCAAGAAUACCAAGAAUGCAACCAAAAUGUUUCACCAACACAAUGAGCCCUGUUGCGGUUUACAUCAAGAACAGCCCCUGUUCUUUCACCAAACAAAAUGUGGUGGCAAAACCAACAGCACUACUAACAACAGCAGGCGAAAGUGUUUUACACAACAAAGACCGUAAUGUUGAUUUACCAGUCGCUGUCUACAAACCACCGCGUAAAGUUAUCACCUACGUCCAAAAGGACGUUGUUUUGCCAUCCAGUCUCCAGAAAUACGUGCCAGAAUCAACAGUUGCAGAACACGAAAAACGGACCAAGACUGAAACAGAUACUCAAACGAAAAUUCUAGACGAGGAUUUAACCACUGUUGAUUCAAGCCUCCUUGAAGAUACGUCCUUUUUGCAAGUGAAACAAGCACUUCUUAAGUAAUUUUUUUGUGUUUAAUUGUCCUGUAAAUUAUUUUGUUUGAAUUAAAUCCAGUCGGCGGUCGGCGCAGCCAAUCAGCGAGCGACAACGCUUAAAAUGCGGAACUUGCGCAGUCCGCAGCCACGUAAUUGUCAGCAAGCAUUGUACGGAAGGUUGUGCCGGCGAAAACUAACUUUUAGUAAUAACUGUAUAAUAUUUAAAUAAAAAUGUUUUUGCAAAAAAUAUUCGUGUUGUGUCUUCUCUACUGUGCGUGUUUUGCGAAAGAAGAGGACGUUUUGGAGUUUAGUGACAGCGAUUUUGAGAGCCGAGUUGCCGAACAUGAAACUGCACUCGUCAUGUUUUAUGCCCCUUGGUGCGGCCACUGUAAGAAACUGAAGCCCGAGUACGCGAAAGCCGCAGAGGACUUGAUCCGCAACGACCCCCCGAUUGCUCUGGUCAAAGUUGACUGUACCGAGGCAGGGAAAGAGACUUGCAACAAGCACGGGGUCAGCGGCUACCCCACCUUGAAGAUCUUCCGCAACGGGGAGUUCUCGCAGGAGUAUGGGGGCCCGCGCGAGGCCGGGGGCAUUGUCAAGUACAUGAAGGCGCAAGUGGGCCCCAGCUCCAAGGAGCUGACCAGCGUCCAGGACCUUGAGAAGUUCCUCAAGGCCGAGAACGAUGUCUCCGUUGUGGGCUUCUUCGAGAAGGAGUCCGAUCUCAAGACCGCUUUUCUCAAACUCGCCGAUAAAUUGAGGGAAAAGGUCAGGUUUGCGCAUUCCACCUACAAGCCCGUGCUGGAAAAGCAAGGCGUUAGUGACGGCAUUGUGCUAUUCCGUCCCCAACACUUGCACAACAAGUUUGAAGAUGACAGCGUGGUCUACAGUGGAGGGGCCGUCACUGGGGAAAUACAGGACUUUAUUAACAAAAACUACCAUGGCUUGGUGGGACAUCGCAAAUCUGAUAACAGGAAUGACUUCCAGAAUCCUCUAGUGGUUGCUUAUUACGGUGUUGAUUACGUUAAAAAUCCCAAAGGCACGAACUACUGGCGUAACAGGGUUUUGAAAGUUGCCAAACAACACAAGGAUAAGAUCAAUUUUGCUGUCAGCGCUAAAGAUGACUUCCAAUACGAAUUAAACGAAUACGGUAUUGACUAUGUCAAGGAGGAUAAACCUGUUGUUUUAGCCAGAGAUGCCAAAAACCAAAAGUUCAUCAUGAAGGAUCCCUUCUCUAUUGAGGCCUUGGACAGCUUCGUGCAAGACCUGCUUGCCGGAAAGCUGGAGCCUUAUCUGAAGAGCGAGCCCAUCCCUGAGAACAACGACGGCCCCGUAACAGUCGCCGUAGCGAAAAACUUUGAUGAAGUUGUGCUUAAUAACGGCAAAGACACUCUGAUCGAGUUCUACGCCCCUUGGUGUACUCACUGUAAGAAGCUUGCCCCUGUCUUUGACGAGCUCGGUGAAAAAAUGAAAAACGAGGAUGUGGCAAUUGUUAAAAUGGACGCAACGGCUAAUGAUGUUCCGCAACCGUUUGAUGUUCGCGGUUUCCCGACUCUUUAUUGGGCCGCCAAGGAUUCAAAAGACAGUCCAGUCCGUUAUGAGGGUGGACGGGAAGUUGACGAUUUCGUCAAAUACAUCGCUAAACAUGCCACAUCUGAGCUUAAGGGUUAUGACAGAAAGGGAAAUCCUAAAGCGGAAAAGACUGAACUUUAAGAGUGUGUCAACAGUGAUUGCACCAAUGUAAUUAUUAAAAACUAAUUUUAAAUAUUUUGAUGUUUUCCAUUGUAGUUUAAAUUGUAAUUGUUUUGUAAUUAAACCCAGUUUCACAUAUUUCUUUGAUCGGUAUUUCAGUGAUAAAACAGUGAGGAAAGGUGGCAUUGAACCACCUAAUAAUAACGCAAAUUUGUUUCUAACUUAGGGCUAGUUUGUAUAAAUUUAUUUACCUUUUUCAAUAAAAAACUUACAAAACGA